AUGUCCUUCGAUGGCAACCUCCUGUACCAGGAGAAUUCCGAUAACCAUCACAUUGAUGAAGCGUACUCUUCUCAUCUGAUUGAAGAUCCCACCGAUAACGAUAAUGAUAACGAUAACUAUAACGAAAAUGAAGCCUUGGUGGUGGGGAGAGCUCUUACAGCCAUAGUGGAUAUUGGUUCUAAUGGAAUCCGGUUUUCCAUCUCCUCGAAAGCCCCUCAUCACGCAAGAAUUAUGCCGUGCGUCUUCAAAGAUAGACUAGGCAUAUCCCUUUUCGAUGCGCAACUUCCAGACUCUGCUUUAUCUGCAGUAAGGAAACCAAUUCCGCAAGAUGCUGUUCAAGAGAUUAUUCAAGCCAUGAAACGGUUCCGGUGGAUCUGUGAGGACUUUGGAGUCCCCUCUAAUGGGGUUAAAGUGGUGGCUACUGAGGCUACUCGUGAAGCACCAAACUCACAAGAAUUUAGAGACACCAUAUAUAAGGCUACAGGUUGGAAAGUAUCUCUGUUGAGCAAAGAGGAGGAAGGAAGAACUGGUGCCUAUGGUGUCGCAUCAUCCUUCCACGAUAUUUCUGGUCUCUUUAUGGAUAUGGAGGGUGGGUCAACCCAACUCAGUUGGAUUCGUGCUACGGACGGUGAGGUUGCAAUUAGCGAGCAUCCAGUCUCUUUACCAUACGGGGCUGCUGCUCUUUCACGCAGAAUGAAAUAUGAGGAUGUUUCAGAGUUGUACAAUGAGAUUAAGGCUGCUUAUGAGGUGGCUUUGGAGCACAUUAAUCUGCCUCGAGAGAUGCUAAAUGAAGCUCAAUCCAAUGGGGGGUUCAGAUUAUUUGUGUGUGGAGGAGGAUUUCGGGGAUUGGGUCAUCUUAUGCUUGCAUGCGAACCGGAUUACCCCAUCCAGACUAUUAUAAACGGCUAUUCGACCACCUGCGGUAGGGUGGAACAGAUGGCGAACUAUCUUCUACUAAAGAGAGAGAUUCCCCGUAUCGGGAAAAAGAAGAGCAAGAUCUUCCGGGUGUCUGCCAAGCGUGAACAGCAACUCCCAGCAGUGGGUCUUCUUCUUUCUGCAGCGCUGGAAUCGCUCCCACGGAUUAAGACGUUUCACUUUGGUGAAGGAGGAGUGAGAGAAGGCGUGUUGUAUUCUAUGAUGACUGAUGAAAUCAAGCUAGAAGAUCCUCUACUUACGGCUACUCGUCCUUAUGCACCGCUUUUGGCAGAUAAGUAUUGGGAACUGCUAAGGAUGGGACUUCCAACGGCUUCUGGAAUAGUUCCCGACGAGGUGUCGAUGAGAAUUGCUCCUGCUCUUUGCAACGUUGCAUUCGUACACUGUUCUUAUCCGAAGGAGCUUCAACCAGCAGCGGCUUUACAUAUGGCUACAACAGGUAUUAUUGCUGGAUCUCAUGGGUUAUCUCAUAAAAUCCGUGCGUUGAUUGGCAUGGCAUGUUGUGAAAGAUGGGGAGGGGAUAUCCCACCUAGCGAGGAAGACUUCUAUAGAAGGUUGGAAGGACUGGUAAUGGAGGCAGAUCCGGAACAGGGUGAAAGCUUGAUUUAUUGGGCCAAGUACUGUGGUAAGAUGAUGCAUGUGAUAUGUGGUAUUCACCCUGGUGGUAAUAUUCGUCCUGGAUCGCUUCUUUUCCAGCUUCGUAAGGUGACCAAUAUGAAGGAUUUAACUGUAUCUACUGCCAACUUGGGUAUUGCAGAUGUUGAAGGCAAUUCGGAUGAUGACACGGCUACGACAACAGCACUGGAGAGCACAGAUCCAACGAAGAUCAAGUAUGCCCUCUAUGUGAUAUUACCGGGAGACGAUAUCAAGUAUAGUUAUAGUGUGAGAAGCCGGAUUCUUAACUUACAACGGAAGAUCAAGAAGUUGAAUAAGAAGUAUCAUUGUCCAGGAAAGGUGAAGGUGUUUGUUAAAUACGGGAAGGAAUAA